AUGCUCGACUUUGAUGAUGACGCGUCGCGACGCGAGAAAUGCUUUACAACGGUCACCCAGCUCCCCGCGUUUGUCGACCCAAAGCAGAUUCCAACUAAAAAGUCGCCUUUCUCUGCGAUUCUAGACCAUCCAUUCAUUCACACGAUUGAAGUGAUAUUAACAGAAAAUGCCUACUCGAGUAUCCAAGCACUACUGGAGGCCAAGCUUGAGAAGAUUCAAUGUGCCCGAGCCUUCAUGCGUGCAUCGGAUUUGCUCGAGAAUGACUUUUUCAACACAUACAUCAAAAUUGGCAAUAUUCUCAUGAUAUCCGAAGGCCGCUCAGGCUCGGAUACCGUGUUCAGCCUACGAGAUGGCUUGCUCAAGAUUGAGCUAGGAAAAGAGAUCUAUGAACGUACGGGUCUGGUUGGCAAGCCGAUCCGCAGUGGUGGGCGGAAGCACGGUAAAGAAAGAUUUGUAAUCGAGCUGAAUCUUCGCCUCCCGUCGAUGUUACAUGGAAAGAAAGGGUUUGACAGGAUCGUAUGGGCAUUUCAAAACGUCCUUAACCAGUCAAUAGCUUGGUUGUUCUGUGACCUGAAUUCUGGCUCAGAACAGACGAAUGACGCAAAGCCGAUUCAAAAACAUCAUCCGCGGUGGAUCGAUUCGGCUCCGGCUGCAGAUCAUCUGAGCCAAAUUCUGGUACCGCCGCUAUUGGGCCUAGUCUCGAAGGACAUGCCCGAGGUCGACUUACAAGAAGCCUGUGGUUCCGUCUCUGAGUGGAUUGCUCUGGCUCAAAUGCGGUCGCCCCGUUUGUCUGCGGAGGAUGAGGUCGACCCAUAUCUGUGCCGUUACAGUAUCCCCAGAUCCGAGAAAUCAAAUUCCGAUGACUUGGUUAGCUUGAAAUGGCACGGCUUAAUUUCCCCACAAUGGACAAUAAGCUUAUUCUCAGCUAUGUUAUCUCAAGUUGGAAAGUGUAACUCAUGGUUCAUUAUCUCUGCAGCUGCACUGGGCAAACAAGCUGUUGAAGGCAGAGAUGGCUAUACAAUUGUGGCUGCUCCAAAUAUCUGCUCUGACAAGACAGAGGGUAACGACCGUAACGAGGAAUCCACCAAGUAUCAUGCUAUUUGCUGGCAGUUUUUAGGGGCUACCACAAAUGAAGCUUGA